UUUCAGUAUUUGGGAAAAUGGUAUGAAGCUGAGAAAUAUUUCUUUCUGUUUGAAUUCGGAGGGAAAUGCGUCACGGCCGAUUACAAACUACGAGAUGAUGGAGCUAUUCGGGUUCUUAAUAAACAAAUAGAUAUAUUCUCAGGUAUCCAAAAGGAAAUAAAAGGGGAAGCGACGCAAGUCGGUCGUUCUGACGAAGCCAAGCUGUCAGUCCGGUUCCCUACCCUACCGGUCGAUGUAGCGGCCCCAUAUUGGGUUGUGGAUACCGACUAUGAUAAUUACGCAGUCGUUUGGAGCUGCUAUGAGUUUGGAAUAUUUCACACAGUUAACUCCUGGAUAUUAACGAGACAACAAAAUCCACCAAAAUCAGUAUUGGAUGCGGCUUACGACGCGAUCGAUAAGAAUCGAAUCAGCCGAAAAUUCUUCCUGAAGACUGAUCAAAGUGAUUGCACUAAUUUCGACGAAUAAAGACAUAAUAUUUUUUCUUACCUUGUUAAUUUUAAUUUAAGUGCCAUCUAUUUGUCAGAUUAGAAAUAUUACGUCGUAGCUUCAAUACGUUUGGACAUAAGAGAAAUAGUUGUAAGCGAUUGUUCCAAUUGUCAAAUAAUGUUUAAAUACUUAGUGUUGUGGUUUAAAUAGUGUACACUCGUAUAUGCUAAGCAAAUCUAACAAAAUCAUAGAGAGAAUAUUGUUCUAAAAUUGAAUAACCUGGUUAUUCACUGCCAUCUAUUGAGCGUUUAAGUAAAUUUUUGUCUGUUUAUAAAUUUUAAUGAUCUCGACCUUUUUUUUUUCUUACCUAAACUGAGAGCCUUGAGAGGCUACGUCAGCGUAACCUAAGAGCUCACGAGGUUCAAGCUUGACGACAAUGCUAACACUAACCCUAGCGAGAGCAGUGCUUCGCAGAAUCUACCACCGGUCGGAAAAGCGACCCGCUGAGAAGAUCCGCCGAGAAACUCAGCGAGCUGAUGCAUGGGUUAGGUUACAUGUCGAAAUCUUUGUCGAGUUGGACGAGUACGGUUACCGGGGUCCCUAAGCCGGCACCCACCUGAGCGGGUAUACAAUAUAACCCUACCACCGCUGUUCUCUAUAGGCUACAGUCACCACGUAACACCAGAUGAUCUGUAGGUUCGUCUGCCUAUUACGUAAAUAAAAAACCAAGAAAGUUCAGCACGAAAUGAAAACGAUUUCUUUAAUUAGACCAAUUAUAAUUUUAUUCUCAACUUAAAUAAAUUAAAGCCUUCACAA